UUCGAAAUAUAUACACACACACAUAUAUAUAUAUAUAUAUAUAUAAAUAACUUUCAUAGUAUAACUCCUUAAACUUUAGAUCGGCUAAUAGUUAAAAAUCUUAUUUUACAUUUUGAUAAAUAAAAUUAGUGUUAACAAUUGUCAUAAUGUUUCAUAAAGUUAUAUCACGUGUGUGUAUUCGAACAAAUCAAUUAAACAAUACACGUUUUUUUUCACCAACAAUCGAAACGAAUAUUCUAGAAAAAACUAUUAACCAAAUAACAUUACUUGGAAGGGUGGGUGGAGUUCCACAAGAACGUGGAACUGAGAAACAUCCCGUAGUGAUUUUUUCUGUGGCAACUCAUUUCAAUUAUAAAUAUGAAAAUAAUGAAUUCAUUCAAAAGACUGAUUGGCACAGGAUAUGUGUUUUUAAACCUAAUCUUAGACAAAAUGUAACUAAUUACUUGAAGAAAGGACAACGCGUUUUGGUAAAUGGAAGAUUAACUUAUGGUGAAUUCAAGGAUGAUGAAGGAAAUAUAAAAUCAUCAACGGCUAUUAUAGCAGAUGAUGUCAUAUUUUUCCAUUAGUAAUAAUAAAAAAAAAGAUCUUUUGUAA